AUGCGCGGUGCGAAAAGUAAAUCGUUAGCCUUUACUGGAGUGCUUCUCGGCUGCCUGGAAAUGGUAUUUUCAGCAAACACAGCUCCAGAUACACCUGUUAUUGACCAAGCCUAUUCCAAACUUAGCAACAGUAUCACAGUGGAAUGGAGAGCAGUACCUGGGGCUACUAAUUACAUGCUGACUGCACAAGAUGGAGAUUCCUUUGUUGAAGCUAUAGUGAAAAAUUCUCCAGGCACAGUGACGGGACUGAAGCCUGCCACCUUGUACCGAAUCACUGUCAGAUCUAUCAGUGCUGGAGGAAAAAGCCAGCCUUCACCUUUCAGAAAAGUAAAAACAGUCCUGGCUGCUCCGGUCCUGUCUGUUCGUUCUCCGAGCUGUGACUCCAUUGCAGUGAGCUGGAAAGCUGUGCCUAUGGCAGCUGGCUUCUCUGUGGCACUCAUGAGAUCAGAUGGCUUGGGCAGAGUGCUGAGGCAGAACACCACCAACACCUCCCUGAUAUUUACAAAUCUAGAUCCAGGAACUCUGUAUACUGUCAAGGCUUAUGCCUGGAAUGCCAAUGGGAUGCCUGGAGAUGAUUUCACAUAUAACCAAAGAACAAGUCCUAAUGCACCAGUGGAUGUUAAAGUAGCUUUCAAUAGCGGUGCUUUAAGAGCUGUUGUCUCCUGGAUGCCAGCAGAAGGAGCUCUAACUUACAGUGUCACAGUCUCCAGUGGACUCCUGAAACUGAGGUGUAACACAUCUUCUGCCUCCUGCAUGGUGCCAUCCCUGCAGUGCAGCUCUGAAUAUGAUGUGUCUGUCACAGCACACAAUGAUGCUGGAUCCAGUGAACCUACUGAUGCAGUGAGCUUAAAAACGAUUCCUUGUGCACCAGUAAACAUAUCAAUUGAGGAGGAUGAACCUGGGCUCUUGCUGGUAUCAUGGUCUAGUGUCAGUUUGGGUCAUUAUUACGUGGUUUUUGUGAAGAGUGAUGAUGGCUUGGAAGUGCACUGCAACACAUCACAUACUCAGUGCCAUUUCCAGUCAGACUGUGGUUUCACUUAUUUCAUCAGUGUCUUUGCAUAUAACAAGGCAGGACAGAGUCCUUUAGGUGAUGUACUCAAUUACACUACUGCUCCUUGUUGCCCAGGUGACUUCAGGGCCGUGUUCGUGUCAAGCGACACGGUGCGGGUGGCCUGGGCUCCCGUGCGGGGCGCGGACCUGUACGAGACGCGGGCGGCGGGCGGCGGCGGCGUGCUGCUGUGCCGGGACACGGCCGCGGCCUGCACGCUGUCGGCGCUGCGGUGCGGCACCCCCUACAACAUCACCGUGCGCUCCUUCAGCGAGGCCCGCGGCAGCAGCGCCGCGUGUGCGCCUCACUGCGUGCCAACAGCUCCCUGCAGUCCUGAAAUUAAAAAUAUCUCAAAGGAGGGUCCAUCUGUAAUCAGUGUGCAGUGGCAAGCUAACAAUGAAGAAGCUAUGUACGUUGUCACUGCCAGAGGAGAGGCUGGACUUUGGCAUUGCACAAGCACCAGGAAUUCCUGUUCCCUAAUGGAUCUCCCCUGUGGAUCUGCUUUCUCUGUAAGUGCUAUAGCAAGAUCAGCAGCAGGACAGAGCUUACCAAGCUACAGUAUCCCUUUAGAGACAGCUCCUUGUUGCCCUAGUGACCUGAUACUAACUCAAGUGACACAGUCAGUAACCAACAUCAGCUGGUCUGUUGGGAGGGGUGCACAGACAUAUGUAACAACACUGGAGUCUCCAAAAGGACAGGCAAAAUGUCACACACUUCAGACCUACUGUCUCCUGGGAUGUAUCACAUGUGGCACCAACUAUACAGUGUCCCUGAAAGCCAUCAGUGAGACGGGUUUGACAUCCAGCUGCACCUAUCAGGGAUAUUCUUCCAGUGCUUGCUGCCCUUCUGGGGUGAAGCUCUAUAGACUCAGCAACAAUGGCAUCAGGGUGUUCUGGCGAGCUUCUGAUGAAACAAUAAACUACAAUGCUGAUUUACAUGGCUCAAAGGGCAACUUCAGCUGUACCCCCAGCUCGGGUCUGAGUCACUGUGAUAUCACCAGGAUACCCUGUGGGGAUGUCUACACUGUGCUGGUGGCUCCAGUGACCAAGAAGGGGUCAAAGCUCACAUUCUGUCCUAAGAAAAUAUAUUCAGUCACCUGUUCUGGAAGCUCUGUUGGAAUGGUUAUUUAUAGAGGAAAGAGUAAUGCAAAACACAUCUAGAUGAAAUUCUGGUUCAGAUAAGGAGGUAAGUUAUAAGAAUCACAAUUCAUAUUAGAAUGUAUGAAUCCAAC